AUGCGUUGUAACAGUCGCAAUGGUGGUGGUCGUGGCGGAAGAGGUCGUGAAGGCCGUGAAGGCCGUGGUGGUCGUGGUUGUGGUCAUGGUAUCAGCGCUGUCCAUAAUGGACGAGCUGAUCAAGAAGAAACAAAAGAAGAUAACAAUGAUGGGCGUGGGGCAGGUGCAGGAAUGAGUCGUCGCCGUCGCAACUAUCUGCUAUCAUCUACAAACACUCUUACCAACCAAUGUGAACUGGACUCGCAAGCAGAUACAUGUGCUUUUGACCCUGCUGGAUGUUGCGUCCUUUCAACGUCCUCUCAGUCAAUAAAUGACACCGGUUUUCACAAUGGUUUGAAAAUCAACGAUGUUCAAAUUGGGAAUGUCUGUCUUGCCUUUGACUGUCCAUUCGAUCAUCGAACCUACUGUCUGCAUUUCUGUGAAGUGCUUCUGAUCCCUGGUCUAGGAUCGCAUCUACUCAGUGUCGACCAACUGCGUGCCAACAACGUAGUGGUAAAUGACGUGCCGUUAAUUCGAUUGCGGCCUGAACAACGAAACAGAGAAGCUCAUGCUAUUUUGACAUCGGGUCUAAGGAUCCCAUUACUAUUCGACAAACCAAUUUCCUACUUUACAUGUCGCCAACCUACAGAUGAAGAGAUCAACGAUAUCAUGGAGUUUCAACCUAUUUGGAUGACUGCAGACAUUCCUUGGCAGCCUUAUGACCCUGACUCUCGGCGCCAAGAAGAAGCUCUGCGACAACAGAUCGAUGCUGACUAUCAAGCACCGUAUCACCAACUCGCAUCUUUCACUCGACUUGAUUCAACGCUCCCAACUGCUGCUUGCCUUGAUCGUUUACCGCAAGUUUUAGGGGACAGCAACAAUGUCGUAUGUGGUGUACACAGUUUGACAAUUCGAUCGAUGAAAACUUCCGGAAAAUCCUACCUCAUCAAGCCUGAUCAACUUGCUCGUUGA